CUUCAAUUCCUCUUAACAAUCUCUCAAAAAUUCAAAAUCACUCGAGUCCCCGUUCCUCAACAAGCUCCACAUCGAUCUAGGGUUUCUGAUUAGACAGGCGAGUAAGAAAGAAGAAGAAAAAGACAGAAUCCGCUACAAUGGGAGGUGAAGGAGAAGAUCUAGAGCCGCUCUUCGAUUACCAUCGUGUUCAGCCGUCGAAUUUCGUUUGCAUUGACGACGAUGAUGAUGAUGAUUCUGAUGUCUCCGAGGUGGUUCCGGUCAAGAAGAGAGCAAAAGUUUCCCACACAGUAGUAAAGAAGGAUGAAGAAGUGAAAGUGAUUGAAGUGGCGGGUGAUGAAGAUUGGUUGCUUCCACCGCCAAAGGUUGUCUUCCAUAAAACCAAAGCGUCUGGUGAAGAUUCCACCAUUAAAGCUUUAAGAUCGAAGAAGAUGGAGCUCAUGUCAUUCACAAAGAAUGUAGUAGAUGUGAUGCAGGAAGCAGAGGAGUCUGCUAAAAAAGAAGCUCAAGUAUCACUCAAACCAUCUUCAGAAGCUGCUGCUGCUCAGGAACCACCAGGUCCGCCUGUUAAUGACAGGCCCAAGAUUGUUAUUACAAUACAGGACAAAGCUGGACAGAAGCAGUUCCGGGUGUUUGCGGACGAGAAGUUUGAACGGGUUUUCAAAAUGUAUACUGACAAAGUAAAGCUCGACCCGCAAAAUCUUGUAUUUACUUUUGACGGUGACAAGAUUGAUCCAUCGACCACUCCUUCUAACCUCGAGAUGGAGGACGGUGAUAUGAUUGAAGUACACACCAAAAAGAGAUGACAGAACAGGUAAAUGAUACACAAGUUUUUAGCGGAAGUGAACGCUUGUCUGCUGCCAAAUCUGGAAUGUCAAUCCGGUCAUCUUCACCAGAGCUUGUACAUCAACAUGGGACGUGGAAGGGAUUUCUGCUAAAGACAUUGGUCUUGUAUCUGUGACCUUUUCUCAUUUGUUUUCUGAAUUCUUCUUUUUCAUCGGUUAGAUUCGGCAUAUUUUGUUUCUUACAA